AUGCGCUCCUUCGCCAAACCGCAUCGUGAGGUUGUAGCCAUAACGAAUGCAAUGGGUCCAUCGGGGAUGUCUUUAUCCCAAAAACUAGCCCAGAAAGACGAACAGAUCGCCUCCUUGGAAUCCCGGAUCCAAGCACACACCCUACGAACAACACACAUCCACACGCGCCUCCUCUCAACCCUCGACACCCUCGACGCCAUUCAGCUCACGCACGCACAAGAGAUGAGCGCCGUUGUGAAGGGGAAGAAGAGGGCUGAGGAGGCGUUGAAGAGGUAUGUUGGAGUGGUGAGGAGUGCGGAGGUCGAGAGGGAUGAUAUGAGGGAUGCGUGCAAGUUUCGAAUGAUUAUAGCUCGUCCUUUCUACUCGCCGUUCUAUCCCCCUCACCCGUCCCUCCCUUUAGACUUCUCCCUUCCCCUCCAUCCACUCCGUCCUAACAACAUAAACGAAGAAGAAGCAGAACUGUUAAACUACGCAUCCCAAAUCAUCCAAUCCCUCCGACACGGACGCGAUGCGGAACGCAAGGCGCAUGAAAGGACACGUGAGAUGUGUGAGGCACGGAUGUGUGCUUUGGAAGCGAAGCUGUGUCGGAGGGAGGCGGAGCUGGAGUCUGAAGCCCCACUUGAGAUGACGGACGAUGAGGCCAUUCAGAUGUUGGAAAUGACAGCUACAAGGAAUAGAGAGUUGGAGGUUGAGAUUAGGGAUUUGUUCAGGAGACUCAACGAAGCUCGUUCAUCCGCAUCGCCUCCGCCCCGUUUCCCACUGUCACAGGCGAAGCAGUCAUCCGAGAAGACAACGCGACAUCCGCCGUUGGAUGAUACCAUAUUACCUGCUGAUGGAAGGCCGAGUCGUCCAGGUUCAAGGGGGAAUCGCACCACAGUGCCUACUGGGGAUGAAACGAUCCGCCCCACUUCACCAGGGCAACUGACCAUUCGCCCUACCUCACCUGGCGAUAUCACGAUUCGUCCUCAGACUGGCGAGGGGACCAGUCGUCCACCGCCACCUGACGACGCCAUUUUACCUGAUGAGAUAGCGGUGAUCUCAACGGCGGUUGAAGCUCUCAGCAACCCACGCCCUACGCCAACUGAUCACGAAGUCAUUGACAACCAACGUCCGACGACGGCGGAUGAACGCGCUCCCCCCGAGAACAAUCACUUACAACACCUGAGGGAAACUCAACCCAUUCCCAGCCCCCGCCUCUCCUCAAAGGGGAAUAAAACUCACCUUGCGCUGAUAACGGAAGACCUCGACCGACAAAUCGAGUUGCUUGGAGAGACGGUGGAGGUGUUUAGAAGGGAGAGGGAUGAGUUGUGGAGGGUCGUGGAGGGUGAGAAGAGGAAGAAGAAGGAGGAGCAAGGGGGGGAGGAGGAGGAGGAGGCUGUGUGGUGUAUUGAUGCGUGGGCUGCGUGGGUGGGGUGGAUGGGCUUCAGAACUGGGAUUUGUGGGGGUGAUGUGUGGUCCACGUGGAUCGAGGUGGUUGGGUCCUAUGCGACGUGGGGUGGUGGGUGGGAUACGUGGAAAGAGUCUGCGGAGCUUCCGACCGAACGGAGAGAGGAAGCAGGACCUUCAAACGCUUCUGAUAGGAUAGCGGCGCUUGAGAAAGAGUGUACCCGAUUACGAAGAUCAGAGGCAACUCUUCGUCCAGAGGUGGCUUUAGCCAACGUGAAAGUAUCAGAAGAAGAACCGAGAGGGUCUACUACGCGUACAAUAGAUCGAUUAGCAGCUCUUGAGGAGCAAUGCUCACGGCUAAGACAAUCGGAGGAGACGCUGCGUUCCGAGAUGGCCGCAACCAAAGCUCGCGAGAACGAGCUGUUGGAUGAGAUAUAUGCGUUAAGAAGACAACUCUCAGAGGCGGCGUUUUCAGAAGAAUCGCUCCGACCCCCAUCUCGUACAUCCCCACCGCGUCCUCAACGCGACCAACAGAAUCCUUCACUGCUGAACCACCCCCACCUACUAGAGCCAGACGAAGGCGAGGUGUCCAUGGAGCUCGCUACGCCUUUGAUCCCGACCAGCGCGAUAGCUGCUUUACCAAGGUCGAGGUCCCACUCGCGGUCUCCGGGUAUCAUGGGAUACAAUGAUGACGACGACGUCCGCUCGCGCUCUCCUCGUGUUACCGACAACGCGAACUUUGAAUUCGACGAUCCGCCAUCGUUCCCGCCACCUCUGUCGCCUCCAAUUGGUUAUCUGAUGCAAAGGGAAGGAGGGGACUCUCCGUUGACUUCUGGACAUUCGUCGACUUUUCCCAAUAUGAGUUUAUCUGUGUUUCCUAUGCCCCCAAAUCCGUCGUCUGCAACUGCGUUGCCGCCUUUUUCGUCUGCGGUCCCUUUACCGCUUUCAUUGUCGCGCAAUACUUCGCGAGGUCGGGAGCCCGCAAGUAGGCAAGAGGAGAUCGGGGAGAGGGGAGAAGAUAUGGUAUAUCGAUGA